AUGGAACCAGAGCUGUCCCUUGCCGCUCUCCUCAAGGCUGUCACAGCCCUCACAGUCACAAUUGGGUCCUUGCAGGACCAAAUCAGGAAUCAAGGCCAACAGCUUGCAGAGCUCAAAGCCAUUUGCAAGGAAACUGCCAACCUUGUUGGAGACAAGGAUCAAGGAGGUGCCCAAACCAAGCCUGGCCCAUUGACUGGGCAUAUCACCCCUCCUACCCAUUUGGGGGGGGAAGCCCACACUCCAGGAAUGGUUAGGCCUGGAUGUCACAACUCAGCUUGGACCUAUGGUACAAGGGGGCUUAAAGUCUGUGGCCCUAUCACCAAUGGACUAUGA